AAUUAAAAAAAGAGAGGGAGUAAAUGGGGAGAGAGAGAGAGCUGUCUCGUGAAGCCAGCAAGUGAAGGCAAAGAUAGCUCUUUUCUUUUCCAUUGUACUCUUCCUCCACAGACUCUCUCUACCUUCCAUACCUUAUUCUCUGUAUAAACCUUACUUUCUCUCUCUCUAAAGAAACAUCCGUUUCUCACUCUACCAUUCACAUUCAUUCUUUCCUUCAACCUUUUAAAUCACGGGAUCCCCAUCAAUUCUUUUUUUUUUUUUUUCUUUUUCCAUUUCUAUCCCUUUUAAUGUCUUAUUCGAAGUUUCAAUCGGUCUCUCUCCAUUUUUGCUUCACAUUGGUGAGAUAUACUGAGGAAAACUGAAAGAGAACCCAACCCAGAGAGUGAAAAGUGAAAAAACAAAUUUUUUCCGUAUAUAUACAUACUGAAGAUUGUAUAGAGGAAGAGAGUGAGUAGGGGAGAGUGUGAAAAUGUCGCAUCGGGGAAAACCUAUGUCGGAGUUAGGGUCACAAACGCUGUCGGAUCGGUUAAGGAAUACGCUAAGUAUCGGUGAAGAAGAUAACGGUGUCAACGUUAAUAAGCCGGACUUUCGGGAACUCGAUCUGGGAUCGCCGGUUUCACCGCUGCGGACUCGGACUGGUGGACUCACUACAAACACCGCCACUACAGCCACCAGCAGUAGUUCCAGUUCCUCCGGAUCGGUGUCCGGCUGCAGCACUGCAGGGGUUCACUUGAAUCCUCCGAGAAAAUCUGAUUCCAACAAUAACAGUCAUUCCGGCGAGCUUUCGAGCUGUUCCGUGGAGAGUUCCCCAUCAGCGACACGUAACUUCAAACCGGGUCAUACUCGCACCGAUUCGGGUGGUAGUCACCAGCUAAUUUACGCCGGUGGCUCUGUAAACUCUCCGGCGGUCAAUGUGCUUCCCACAGGGAACAUUUGCCCUUCCGGCAGGAUCUUGAAGACCGGUAUGUCUAGUCGGUCAACUAAGACCGACGUUUUGGGGUCCGGGACGGGUAAUUACGGCCAUGGCAGCAUACUGCGCGGCGGUCCUACGUCAAAGCCCUGUGUGAUGACGGAUAGCAGACCCAUAAAUUACUCAAGAGGACUAAUGGUUGGUGGAGAGUCAGUGAAGAGAACAGGAACGUGCAAUAAUAAUGAUCCAGAGGAGUUGAAGAGAAUGGGGAACGAGAAUUACAGGAAGGGCAAUUUUGCAGAGGCUUUAAGCUUUUACAGUAAGGCAAUUGCGAUAUCCCCAGGCAAUGCUCCGUACCAUUUUAAUCGAGCAGCUGCUUUGAUGGGGCUGAGGGAAUUGGCCGAGGCUGUUCGGGAAUGUGAAGAGGCGAUUAGGUUGGAUCCAGGGUACACGAGGGCGCAUCAUCGGUUAGGAUCUUUACUUCUUAGUUUAGGACAGGUUGAGAAUGCCAGGAAGCACCUUUGUUACCCAGGAUGUCAGCCUGAUGCAGUUGAGUUGCAGAAGUUGCAAACAGUGGAGAAUCAUCUGAACAAGUGCUCUGAUGCACGGAGAGUUGGUGAUUGGAGAAAUACAUUGAGGGAGGUUGAUGCUGCCAUUGCUUCUGGUGCCGAUGCCUCACCACAGCUUUGUGCAUGUAGAGCAGAAGCUCUCUUGAAGCUCCAUCGACUAGAUGAUGCUAUUUUAGCAAUGUCUAACAUUCCUAAAUUUGAACCAUCUACCGGGAAGAUUUUCGGGAUGCUUUUCGAAGCAUAUAUAUUCUUUGUCAGAGCCCAAAUUGAGUUGGCAAGCGGAAGGUUUGAAAAUGCACUUACAGCUAUCGAGAAAGCAGGAAAGCUUGACCCGCGUAAUGUUGAGAUCUUGGUUAUGCUCAAUAAUGUGAGGUUGGUGGGCCGAGCACGUGCUCGUGGGAACGAUCUCUUCAAGUCAGAAAGGUUUACCGAAGCCUGUUCGGCUUACGGGGAAGGGCUUAGGCUUGAUCCUUUUAAUUCCAUUCUUUACUGCAAUAGAGCGGCCUGUUGGUUUAAGCUUGGACAGUGGCAACUGUCAGUGGAUGACUGCAACCAGGCUCUCUGUAUUCAGCCUAAUUACAUUAAAGCUCUUCUUCGAAGGGCUGCCUCAAACUUCAAGCUUGAACGGUGGGAUGAAGCUGUAAGAGAUUAUGAGCUUUUGAGAAAGGAACUCCCUAAUGACAAUGAGGUUGCCGAAUCUUUAUUUCAUGCGCAAGUUGCACUGAAGAAAUCACGUGGAGAAGAGGUUUAUAAUUUGAAAUUUGGUGGUGAAGUGGAGUCAGUUUCAGGGCUUGAGCAGUUUCGAGCUGCAAUCUCUUCUCCUAGUGCAUCUGUUGUCCAUUUUAAAGCGGCGUCCAACCUACAAUGCAAGCGGAUCUCUCCAUUCUUGGACACAUUAUGCACCCGAUAUCCGUCCAUAAAUUUUCUUAAGGUGGAUAUAGAAGAGAGUCCUGGCAUUGCACAUGUCGAGAAUGUUAACAUUGUGCCAACGUUCAAGAUAUACAGAAAGGGCAGCCGAGUGAAGGAAAUGGUCUGUCCAAGUCCAGAGGUGUUGGAGUCUUCGGUACGACAUUAUAGCAUUUAGAUCUUGAUCAUACUAUCCUUCUCCAUGUCAUGCUCAGCCCUGAAAUCCCAGCUUUUCAGAAACAACCUUUAGUCCCACCGUUUGAGGAUUAUUAGUUACUUGUGGCAUAACCUGAAACUACACAAUAAUCCCGCAAUCAUAUUUGUCCAAAUGCCUGUGAAAUGCAAAGACAUAGCAUGUCCCCUUUUGCUAUUUCCGCUUAUUCUUUUGUUUAUCAUUGCUGUACGGUUCCAUCUUCCAUUAUUCAAUAUUUUCAGACCUUAUUUCCCACCCUUCUCGAGUUGUUCGACCUCUUUCUAGUAUAUCAUUUAACAAAAGAUUAUUCGAGUGGGCACUUGGCUAAAUUUAGCGGGAGGAUAGAGAGAAAUCACUUUCUUGUUGGAUGGCUUUUAAGAUGAGAUCUGUACAUGUAUAUGUGUGAUGAUAUAUGCAAAACAUUGGUGGCCCAUUGAAGGGAAUGAAUUUCUAGCGGUGGUUAGUGAUAGAAGAAUGAACAUGAAAUCAUUGAUAUUGAUGUUUCUUUCCUCAGCAUUGAAUUAAUAAAAAUUUCUCAGAUUUUUUCAUCA